GGCGGAGGCGGUGGCGGCCGGUCCCGGGACAGCGACGCAGCGCGCCGGCGGCCGCGACAGGGCCGGCUAGGCUCCGCAGCCUGCCGCAGCCGCCGCCUCGCCGCUGAGGGCCCGAAAGCACGGCGGCGGCGCGCGGCCUGUGAGGACGGCCAGAGCGGCGGGCGCGGCGCGGCGCCGAGCGUCCUGUCAGGCGGCUGAGGGCGUCGCGGACCCGCGCCGCGAUGAUGCCGAUGAUAUUAACCGUGUUCUUGAGCAACAAUGAGCAGAUUUUAACAGAAGUUCCUAUAACACCAGAAACAACAUGUCGAGAUGUUGUGGAGUUUUGCAAAGAACCUGGAGAAGGCAGUUGCCAUUUAGCUGAAGUGUGGAGGGGAAAUGAGCGCCCCAUACCCUUCGAUCAUAUGAUGUAUGAGCAUCUUCAGAAGUGGGGUCCACGGAGGGAAGAAGUGAAAUUUUUCCUUCGACAUGAGGAUUCCCCAACCGAGAGCAUUGAACAAGGUGGCCGUCAGACCCAAGAGCAAAGAACUCCGAGAAAUGUGAUAAGUGUACCUGGAGAAAAACGUGCUGAAAAUGGGGGUGGGAGUCCGCGUGUUGAACUGACCCUCUCAGAGCUCCAAGAUAUGGCGGCAAGGCAACAACAGCAGAUUGAAAACCAGCAGCAAAUGUUGGUUGCCAAGGAACAGCGUUUACAUUUUCUAAAGCAACAGGAGCGCCGUCAGCAGCAGUCUAUUUCUGAAAAUGAAAAGCUUCAGAAGUUGAAGGAACGAGUUGAAGCCCAGGAAAAUAAGCUGAAGAAGAUCCGUGCCACAAGAGGACAAGUGGACUACAGCAAAAUAAUGAAUGGCAAUCUGUCUGCUGAAAUAGAAAGGUUCAGUGCCAUGUUCCAGGAGAAGAAGCAGGAAGUACAGACUGCAAUUUUAAGAGUUGACCAGCUCAGUCAGCAAUUGGAAGACUUAAAGAAAGGAAAACUGAACGGGUUCCAGUCUUACAAUGGCAAGCUAACGGGACCGGCAGCAGUGGAGUUAAAAAGACUGUACCAGGAGCUACAGAUUCGGAACCAGCUUAACCAGGAACAGAAUUCAAAACUCCAGCAGCAGAAGGAACUUUUAAAUAAACGCAACAUGGAGGUGGCCAUGAUGGACAAGCGCAUCAGCGAGCUGCGUGAGCGUCUGUACGGCAAGAAAAUCCAGCUGAGCCGCGUGAAUGGCGCGUCUUCACCGCAGUCGCCCCUGAGCACGCCUGGCAGGGUUGCUGCCGUGGGGCCGUACAUCCAGGUCCCCAGCGCCGGCAGCUACGCAGCCCCGGGGGACCCCGUAAAGCCCCAGUCUCUCACUAUUGCUUCAGGUGCUGCCCAUGGGAGAUCCAAACCCGCCAAUGAUGGAAACUGGCCAACAUUAAAACAGAAUUCUAGCUCUUCAGGGAAACCGACGCAGACUGCCAGUGUGGACCGGAAGGGCUCGAGCGUGGAGGGACCGCUCAAGCAGGGGACCGUCUCUAGCCAGCCUGUGCCCCUGUCAGCUCUGGGAGCCACGGAGAAGCUGGGCAUCGAGAUGGGUAAAGGGCCAGCCCCAACCCCUGGUGUCGGCAAGCCACUGCCUCAGAGCUACGGGGCAUACCCUAGUCCUGCGCCCGUGGGCCCAGGGGCCACGAACUCCCUGGAGAGGAGGAAGGAGGGCAGCUUGCCCAGGCCCAGCGCAGGCCUGCCCAGUCGACAGAAACCUGCCCCGCUGCCCGCCGCGGGCAGCACCCACCAGCCGGGCUCCUCGCAGCAGAUCCAGCAGAGGAUUUCUGUGCCACCAAGCCCAACGUACCCGCCAGCGGGGCCACCUGCAUUUCCAGCUGGUGAUGGCAAACCUGAACCCCCACUGACUGUGGCCAUCAGGCCCUUUCUGGCUGAGAAAGGGUCAAGGCCCCAGUCCCCCAGGAAAGGACCCCAGACCGUGAAUUCAAGUUCCAUAUACUCCGUGUACCUGCAGCAAGCCACACCGCCUAAGAACUACCAGCCAGUGGGGCACAGCACCUUAAAUAAGUCGGUCAAAGCAGUGUACGGCAAACCUGUUCUCCCAUCCGGUUCAACGUCCCCGUCACCCUUACCGUUUCUUCACGGGUCGCUGGCCACAAGCACAUCGCAGCCCCAACCACCUUCGGAAAGUGCCGAGAAAGAGCCUGAGCAGGACCUCCCCGCCCCGCCGGGGGAGGGCGGCUCAGGCCCCAUGGAGAACCUGCCUCGGCCGCUCAGCCCCACGAAGCUCACGCCUAUUGUGCACUCGCCGCUGCGCUACCAGAGCGAUGCGGACCUGGAGGCCCUGCGCAGAAAGCUGGCCAACGCGCCGCGGCCGCUGAAGAAGCGCAGCUCCAUCACGGAGCCCGAGGGCCCCGGCGGGCCCAACAUCCAGAAGCUGCUGUACCAGCGCUUCAACACCCUGGCCGGCGGCAUGGAGGGCACCCCCUUCUCCCAGCCCAGCCCCUCGCAGGACUUCACGGGCACCCUGGCGGACCUAGACAACGGGAACACCAAUGCCAACGGGAACCUGGGGGAGGCCAGCCCCGCCCAGCCCACAGCCCCGCUCCCAGCCGAGCCUGCCCCAGCCUCAGAUGCCAACGACAACCAGCUCCCCUCCCCUGAGCCAGAGGCGCUCACCAGUCCCCAGACCACGCACCAAACAGCUGAGCCUGCCGAGGACGACAACAACAACGUGGCCGCAGCCCCGUCCACAGAGCAGGUCCCCAGCCCUGGGGCCGAGGCCCCCUCUCCAGGGGAAGAGCAAGGCCCUCCGUCACUGCCCCCCACCGUGCCCCUGCCGGUGGCCUCAACGAGCAAGCGGACCAACCUGAAGAAGCCCAACUCGGAGCGCACGGGCCGCGGGCUGCGGGUCCGCUUCAACCCCCUGGCGCUGCUCCUGGACGCGUCCCUGGAGGGGGAGUUUGACCUGGUGCAGAGGGUCAUCUAUGAGGUAGAGGACCCCAGCAAGCCCAACGACGAGGGCAUCACCCCACUGCACAACGCCGUCUGCGCCGGCCACCACCACAUCGUCAGGUUCCUGCUGGACUUUGGGGUGAAUGUGAACGCCGCGGACAGUGACGGCUGGACACCAUUGCACUGCGCUGCCUCCUGCAACAGCGUCCACCUCUGCAAGCAGCUGGUAGAGAGCGGCGCUGCCAUUUUUGCCUCGACCAUCAGCGACAUUGAAACGGCUGCAGACAAAUGCGAGGAGAUGGAGGAGGGCUACAUCCAGUGCUCCCAGUUCUUGUACGGAGUGCAGGAGAAGUUGGGUGUGAUGAACAAAGGAGUGGUGUACGCUCUGUGGGGUUAUGAGGCCCAGAACAGCGACGAGCUGUCCUUCCAUGAAGGAGACGCCAUCACCAUCCUCAGGCGCAAGGACGAAAGCGAGACCGACUGGUGGUGGGCCCGUCUUGGGGACCGGGAGGGCUACGUGCCCAAAAACUUGCUGGGGUUGUACCCUCGGAUCAAACCCCGACAGCGAACGCUCGCCUGAACCUCCCUUCGGAGCACCGCACAGGCUGGCCAGGGCCGAGGAGCCCCUAGGAGGACCCUGCCGUCUCCCCAGGAAGCUGAAGCUAGAAACGGCUCUCAUGGUGCUCACUUCAGCAGACCACACCCACAAUGUGAAAUUCCCGAGGUUUCUAGGUGAGGCCCUUUCUCCAUUUUUGCCUCCAAGACCACUGAAUUUUGCCAAUUACUGUAAAUCCAAAUAAAUACCCAGCUUUCUAAACAACGAGCCCUGUUGCCAAUAGAAGCCCUAGAAUUAACCCCUGGUUGGUUGCCAAUGAUGCUCUUACUGACCCCAUUCUCAAUGUCACCUUCACCCCACCAGUGAAGCCUACAGCUAUGAGGUGUACCCCGCCCCUGCUAGAGCCCUGCCCCUGUCACUGGACAUCACAGAAAGCCACCAUCUUUACUCCUCGGCACACCUUGCUCCUUCAUUACCAAAGGAGCCCUGUAGGGACACUUGUGUCCAGUGAUGUUCCUGAGCGGGGGCCCCACUUCCUGUUCUGGGUGUUGGUCUUGGUCACCUGCAGGCUAACGGUGUUGGGCCGGACUUCCAAGCCAGUCACAAGGGCCCCUAAGGCCAAGUGACCCACGGCCAGGAGCCUCACCCAGCACUGUCCCCUCCGUCGCCUCUUGUUGCCCAGGUUGGUUCUUACCUCUCAGUGUCACUCAGCAUGGACACUGUAGCCACGGGCCAGGGAGCUGAGGUCAGUCAGGGUGGGGUGGACGUGGGGACUCCUGCACGUCGGAUGGGCCCCUGUGGGGCAGGAGGGCACACCUGGCCUCCCGUCUGGGCCGGCCGUGCUGCAGUAACCUUUGCCCCAGCUCCAGACUUAAAGCAAGUAAGGCCCUUCGCUGACGUGUACUUGUACGGACAGGCUUUUGUAUUCCAGAAGUAUUUUUGGACUAGACCAUUCAGAACUCCCAGAAUGAUGUUGGAAAUGGUUUUUCUCAUUAAAAUCCAGGCCCUUAGGCUUUAUUUUCCAUGUA